UGGGAUUUCCUCCACUGCCGCUGCGGCGGAUCCUGCGCCGCGUCCAGCCCGCGCGCCCGACCCCGGCCCGACCCGGCCGGCCCCGCCCGCCCGGCCCGGGGAGGGAUGCGGCGGCGCGGCGCCCAGGAUGCCCCGCAGCCCCGGGACGCGCCUCAAACCCGCCAAGUACAUCCCGGUGGCCACGGCCGCCGCGCUGUUGGUUGGCUCCAGCACACUCUUCUUCGUAUUCACGUGCCCAUGGUUGACAAGAGCUGUGUCUCCAGCUAUUCCUGUCUACAAUGGCAUCCUCUUCCUCUUUGUCCUGGCCAACUUCAGUAUGGCUACCUUCAUGGACCCUGGAGUCUUCCCCCGAGCGGACGAGGACGAGGACAAGGAGGAUGACUUCCGGGCCCCAUUGUACAAGAAUGUGGAUGUUCGGGGCAUCCAGGUCCGCAUGAAGUGGUGUGCAACGUGCCACUUUUACCGUCCACCGCGCUGCUCACACUGCAGCGUCUGUGACAACUGUGUGGAGGACUUUGACCAUCACUGCCCCUGGGUCAACAACUGCAUUGGACGCCGCAACUACCGUUACUUCUUCCUGUUCCUGCUGUCACUCAGCGCACACAUGGUGGGGGUGGUGGCCUUCGGCCUGCUGUAUGUGCUCAAUCACUCAGAGGGGCUAGGAGCCGCCCACACCACCAUCACCAUGGCUGUCAUGUGUGUGGCUGGCCUUUUCUUCAUUCCUGUCAUCGGCCUCACUGGCUUCCACGUGGUACUGGUCACGCGGGGCCGCACCACCAAUGAGCAGGUGACUGGGAAGUUCCGCGGGGGUGUGAAUCCCUUCACCCGAGGCUGCUAUGGGAACGUGGAGCACGUGUUAUGCAGUCCCCUGGCGCCCCGGUAUGUGGUGGAACCCCCCAGGAUGCCACUCUCAGUGAGCCUCAAGCCACCCUUCCUGAGACCUGAGCUCCUGGAACGAGCUGUGCCCCUCAAGGUCAAACUGAGCGACAAUGGGCUGAAAGCUGGCCGCAGCAAGUCCAAGGGCAGUCUAGACCAGCUGGAUGAGAAACCUCUGGACCUGGGACCUCCACUGCCCCCCAAGAUAGAGGCUGGUACCUUUGGAAGAGAUCUGAAGACCCCAAGACCUGGCAGUGCUGAGAGUGCCCUAUCAGUACAGAGGACCAGCCCCCCAACACCUGCCAUGUAUAAGUUCCGGCCAGCCUUCUCCACUGGUCCCAAGACACCCUUUUGUGGACCUAAUGAGCAGGUCCCAGGUCCUGACUCCCUUACUCUGGCAGAUGACAGCACCCACAGUCUAGACUUUGUGUCUGAGCCCAGCCUGGAUCUCCCAGACCACGGGCCGGGUGGUCUGCAUCCUCCCUACCCCCCCUCCCCACCCCUCAACACCACUGAUGCCUUCUCAGGUGCCUUGCGCUCCCUGAGUCUCAAGGCUGCCAGUCGGAGGGGUGGGGACCACAUGACCUUACAGCCACUGCGCUCUGAAGGUGGGCCCCCGACACCUCACCGUAGUCUCUUUGCUCCUCAUGCACUGCCCAAUCGAAAUGGCAGCCUGUCAUAUGACAGCCUACUUAACCCUGGCUCACCCAGUGGCCACGCAUGCCCCACACACCCCUCUGUUGGUAUGGCCAGCUACCAUUCACCCUACCUGCACCCUGGGCCAUCAGAUCCACCUCGGCCCCCACCCCGCAGCUUCAGCCCUGUGCUGGGUCCCCGGCCUAGGGAGCCCUCUCCUGUGCGCUAUGACAACCUGUCUCGGACCAUCAUGGCCUCUAUCCAGGAGCGCAAGGACAGGGAAGAGCGUGAACGGCUGCUGCGCUCCCAGACUGACUCACUCUUUGGCGACUCUGGUGUCUAUGAUACACCCAGCUCCUACAGCCUGCAACAGGCCAGUGUGUUAACGGAAGGCCCCCGUGGCUCUGUCCUGCGUUACGGCUCCAGGGAUGACCUCGUGGCCGGGCCUGGCUUUGGUGGUGCCCGCAAUCCUGCCCUGCAGACAUCAUUGUCCUCGUUGUCCAGCUCCAUGAGUCGGGCACCUCGGACAUCUUCCUCCUCCCUGCAGGCUGACCAGGCCAACAACAAUGCCCCAGGACCCCGGCCUGGCAGUGGUUCACAUAGGUCACCUGCCCGUCAGGGCCUGCCUUCCCCACCAGGCACCCCCCGAUCGCCCUCCUACACGGGCUCCAAGGCUGUCGCCUUCAUCCACACGGACCUCCCGGACCGGCAGCCCUCACUGGCUAUGCAGAGGGAUCACCCUCAGCUGAAGACCCCCCCAAGUAAGCUUAACGGGCAGUCCCCAGGCAUGGCCCGUCUGGGGCCUGCUGCCAGCCCCCUGGGGCCCAACGCCAGCCCUGCCCGGCACACGCUGGUUAAGAAGGUGUCCGGCGUGGGUGGGACUACGUAUGAAAUCUCGGUGUGAGAACUGACCACCACUCAUCUGCUGUGAUGCCACGGGGACCAGGACCCCCCCGCAGUAGCUCCCCAACCCUAUCAAGUUCUCUGCCCCAGGGAGGAGGCUCCCCAAGCCUGCUGUGGACACGUCAACAGGAAAGAAAGCCUUGCCUCCACAAGCUUGUGCUCCGGCCUCUGCCUGUUUGUUCAUCUACUUACCUAGUACUCACAGGGCAGAUGGAUCCAAGGCUGUGGGCUGUGAUGGGCACCUGGACUGCCUCCUUCAUCAGCCAAGCUCAGCCCUGCAUCCUAUUGCCCUCAUUCCCUAAAGGCCAGUCCCCAGCAGUCCCAUGGGCCCACCCACUCCUGUCUGGAUGAGUUGCUCAGCCCUGUUCUCCAGCUGCUCCUAACUCAUGGCCUUUCACUGACAAAGCUGGUCGCUUGUUGCUUGGCAAGGCCUAUGCUUUUCAGGGAGCAUAACCCUGGCCUGCUCCGGGUUGGGAUGCAUAGAUGAACGUACGGACAGAUACUUGAGCGGUAGCAGGGGUCCCAGCUCCCUCUGUUCGUGUCUUGCCUGGCUGGUGGGUUCAUGUCCCUGUGUCUGUAUGCCGUGCUGCCGUGCCACGUCUGAUGUGUUAGUGCUCGGCUGCCACUCUUCUUUCAUCAAAGCCUUAACUUCUGCUUUAUGCUCUUGUGGGAGGUGAUGGGGGGUGGGGUCGGCCAGAGCAGAGAGGGGGCCAGAUGCUGCCUGGGGGACCAGUGGGGCCAAGAGCCCCCUCCCUCUCUCUCAGGCCUUCCCUGCCAAACUGGAGAGUCCUCACCCCAAAGCAUCCCGGGUUCCCAGCACUGGCUUGGCCAGCACAGCUGGAAAGCACAUCAGGGCGGGUCCGUUCGUCCCCUGGCAUCAGGGGCCUGAGUAAGCACAUGGCAGCGUCCGCUUGCAUCGUGUCUGUUCUAUGUUUUUAUAUUUACAUCUAUAUAUCUAUAAUUUUAUUAAAAAAAGGAAAAAUCAUUUUGAGCCUUUCCUUGGGCAAGGCUGUGGCUGUGGGUACAGGGGAGUGUCUCAGGAAAGGGGUUGGCCAGCUGGUGCAGGGUGGCAUGUUCCUCUUGGACAGUUCUGCUGGCAUUGCCAAGUCAGGCCUAGUUGGUAACGAAUGGACUUCUGGUGAGUUGCAAAGGUGUCUUACUCCCAGUCUGUGUCAUGCCGAACGGAAGGGUAUUUGGUGAAAGGCUAGGACCUCAGCUGCCUCCUGGGACUCUGAGGUACCAAAGGGCUUGGAGCAGCUAUAUAGUGGAGGCUGCACGUGAGGCCAAUGUCUGGCUGAGAACCCUACAGAUACUACUAUACUUCUUCCCUGCCAUAUGCCAAGGGAGGAAUUAGGGAGUGUCAGGAAGAACUCAGAGCAGGGCUGGAGAGGGCUAGGGUAAGUCCAGAGUUUCAAGAAGGGGAGGUAUCCAGAGCCUGGGGCCCCUUAGUUCUACCCACUGCUGACUUCCACCUUUCUGCUUCUCUCUCAUGGAUAUCGGCCAACAGGGGGCGCAUUGGCAGCUGUAGCCGUGGAUGGGGGUGGCGUGGUCCGCCUAGGGGGACUCCUGGCCUCCACCUAUGCCACCUUGGCCACCCUGAGGAUCACCCGCCGCUGCGGGCCCCCUGGAGCGUGGCUGCUGGGGCGGCCCCCCGUGGGACCAUUUGUCGGCUACAUUCUGCUGCAUCCAGCCUUUUCCCCAGCCUCUCAGGUCCCUAACAGGACACUAGUAGGUGGCUCUAGGGCCAUGGACAGUCUUCUGGGGACCCAGAAGAGCAAGUUGCUGUAGAGCUUUGGAGUUGGGCUGGAUGUAGCCUGGAGAUCCCCGCCCCGUUCCCUGUCAACCAGCCACAUCUUGACUGAUCAGUCUGCCAGGGCCCACGACCCUGUCUCCAGGUGACCUCAGGAAGUCCCCCCACCUGCUGCAGGGGUCCAGUGCCCCAAUGGGGGUGGCCUCAGAGCUACUGGGAACCAGCAUGACCUUCACCCCAACCUCCUUACCCCUUCCAAGCACUUUAAGCCACUUCCUCUAGGGAGCCCAGGCCUCUGUGGGUUGGGCUGGGGUGGGGGUCUCAGGUCACCGCAGGUUACUGCACUCCUCCACUCAACCCCAAGCCCCUGAACAGAUGCCUUAAAGUCCUGGAGCUGCCAGCCAGCUCGGUGCACCAUGAACCUGGUCCACCCGUCUCUGCCUCUUGCCUGCUCUGACCCCACCUGGGUCUUCUGCAUCCAAGGGUGAUACCUCUGGGAAUACCCAAGCCUGUGGGCCUGGAUACCCCUGGGAGGAGUCAGAACAGAACCCCUGCCAACUCCUCUUUUCACACAGGGGCUGUGUCCUGGGGGCUACUUCUGGGCAGCAGUUAUGUGUCUCCCAUCUGGGGACAGAUCACAAACUGUUUUCUGUUGUAUAGGAUUUCCCUCCCUCAACUUCCCUAAUAAAUUUUUUUUGUUCACCUCCA